AUGUUGCGCUCUCUUAAAAAGAGCGACGCAGGCAGCAAGGUUCGCGAUGUAACAAAGAAACAAUCCAAGUUAUGUGCUUUGGCAAAAGUCAAGGAGGUUGGGAGGCUGUGUAUUGGACUAAAUGACAGACAUGGCAAAUUACUUGCCGGGAAGCGAUCACCACGGCGCUGGAAGAUGUGCAGCUCAAAGUUUGUUGCAUAUCGACCCAUGGAUCGCCCCAAGGGAUCGAGUUCGGCAGAACCUGGCUCAUUGGAUCUUGGCACGUCGCAAUAUCCUAUGGACACUGGGGAACGUAGAGUGCAAAUGAUCAUUGCGGUUAAUGGUGUGGAUCCUUCCGCCGGGCUAGACCUUGCGGUGUGUAUAUUUGGAAGCGAGGUGGAUUGUUAG